AUGGAUCCAAGGAGAGGACAGGCUCAGUGGCAGCAGGGAGGAGGCGGAACGUUUGGAAGCUCCCAGCAACAGUCAGGUCAGGGCGUUCAGCAGCAAGGGCAACAGCAAGGACAACAGGGGGGCCAGGGUUACUCUUAUUCCUACUCUUCCUCCUACUCCAGCGGACCUGGGGGUCAAUACGGGCAGGCGGACUUUUCACAAGACAAGGGGGGUGGUGGCGUGGAGCAUCAUCACGUCGCGUGGGGUCCUGGACAGGAGCCGCAGCACCAUCACUUCUCUACCCAAGGUCAGCAACAGGAAGGCCAGCAGCAGGGAGGCCAGCAAGAGGGAGGCGAGCAAAGGAUGCCGGAAGAUUUGGCAGCUCUGCAGCAGGCGAGAAACGCAGUGCAGAUGGACUCAAUUCGUGCUGUUCAGGACCUGCAUCAAAGAGCGGGACGGCAGGCACAACAUGAGGCACCACGCCUGUUGGAGACUCCAAUGCUGCAGGGAGCUGGUGGUGGGGAUGGAUGGAUGGACAGCAGAAUGAGCAGCAGAGGUGGGGGGUGUGGUGUUGGGGGGUCUGAGGAAGAGGGGCGUAGGGGAGGUGAACGGGGGAGGGAGGUGGGCGAGAAGGUGGAGAUCGGCAGAAAGGAGGAGAACGAGGAGAGGGAGACGGAGGAGAAGGAGGAGGAGAAGGAGAAGAAGCAGGAGGCAUGGUCUUCAUAUGAGACGGUUUUUACGAAUGCGAAAGCAGGCAUGGAGGGGGUGGACAAGGAGCGGGUGAAACGGAUAGUCUACGCCAUGAGCCAGGGCUCGCGCUUCUUCCAGCACGAGCAGCGCAAGGAGGCAGUGCUGCUGGCGAAAAUCGCCCACAUGCAGCGCGCCAAGCAGGCCAUUCCCCCGGAGAAACUCGCCCUACUGGAGAGGCAGGCGGAUGGGAUGCUGGCGCGGAUGGUGGCGGAGGAGAAAAGGGAGGGGCGGCGGCGCGUGUGGGUGCAUGUGGACAUGGAUGCGUUCUAUGCGGCGGUGGAGGCGCUGGGGGAUGCGAGGCUGAGAGAUGUGCCCAUGGCUGUUGGGGGUAUGGGCAUGCUCUGUACCGCCAACUAUGAGGCGCGCAAGUACGGGGUGCGGGCAGCCAUGCCAGGGUUCAUAGCACGCAAGCUAUGCCCUGAACUCGUGUUUGUGCCACCUGAUUUCACCAAGUAUCAGCACUACUCCAACCUCACCCAUGAAGUGUUCCGCCAGUACGACCCGCACUUUGUAGCGCGCAGCCUAGAUGAGGCGUAUCUGGACAUCACGGGCGUGUGCGAGGAGAGGGGCAUGACUCCUGCGCAGGUAGCAGAGGAGCUGCGGCACAAAGUGCAUGCACACACGGGGCUCACGUGCAGUGCAGGAGUGGCGGCGAACAGGAUGCUCGCCAAGGUGUGCUCGGACAUCAACAAGCCCAAUGGGCAGUACCUGCUGCCAUUCGACCGUGAAGCCAUUCUGAGCUUCAUCUCCUCGCUGCCCAUUCGCAAGAUAGGAGGAGUGGGCAAGGUGACAGAGCGGUUGCUGCGGGACGUACUGGGGGUGACGGUGUGCGCUGACAUCAUCACUCACAGAGGCGCCCUGCUCGCCCUCUUCUCCCCCAUAUCCGCUGAGUUCUUCCUGCAAGCGGCGUUGGGCAUAGGCGGCAGUGGGGACGUGGAGGAGGGACCCAGAAAGAGCAUCAGCUGCGAGCGCACCUUCUCGCCCCUCUCUGCCGAGCCGGCUAUUCUUAAUAAGCUCGAGGAACUGAGCUUCGCUCUGGCAAAAGACCUAGAGGAGCAUGGCAUGAAGGGCCGAACACUCACUCUCAAGCUCAAAACAACCACUUUCGAGGUGCGCACACGGGCGGUGUCUGUACCAGAGCCUAUAGGGUCGCAGCAGGAGAUGUGGCCGUUGGUGGUGAGGCUCAUACGAGCAGAGCUGCCAGUCUCGGUGCGACUGCUAGGUCUGCGCAUGAGCGCCCUUGUGCCGCGCGCCAGCAGCGGCAGCAGCAGGCAGGCAACUAUCAGUGAGGUGCUCGGAGGAAGGAGAGGAGGCGGUGGUGGUUCUGCCAAGGGGGCUGCUGAGGGGAAGUAUCCUACCGGUUGCCCUGAAGGGAAGUUCCCUACAGGUCCAACUGAGGGGAAGCAUUCUGCAUAUAUGGGUCUUAAGAGAGUAGCUCCGAGCAAGGGCCGGGGAGGAGAGGGGAGGGAGCGGUUGCUGGAGGAGAAUCUGGUGGAGGGAUGGAGAGAGGCGCAUGGAGGAGCAGAGGAGGUAGAGGAGAGGCAGCUUGGGUCGUGUUUUGAGUCGACUCAAAACAGGGAGCGGUUGGUGGAGGAGAGUUUGGUGGAGGGAGGGAGAGAGGCGCAUGGUGGAGCCAAGGGGGUAGAGGAGAGACGGUUUGAGGCGCCUCAAAAUAUAUUGGAGGGGGAGAGUGAGGUGCAUGGAGGAGCGGAGGGGGUAGAGGAGAGGCGGCUUGGGGGAGAGGGGAGGGAGCAUGCAAGAUUUUUCAAUGCAUGCGUGCAAAAUGAGACAGGGAGAGAGGUGGGGGAAGGAGAGCUACAGCACCAGCAAGAGCAACCGCAACAGUACAUGCCUGGCGUGGGUGACAUCUCAGAGCAGGAAGAGGAUAUGGCCUGUGAAGAAAAGGAGACGUCUUGUGAAGAAAAGGAGACAGUACGUGAAGAAAAUAAUGAAAAGAAGCUACGCGGAGAUGAGCAGAGGGCCUGUGGAGGAGAGGGCACACAGGCGGAUGAUCAGCAUGAGGUGACAUGGGUGGCAGUGAGAGAAUCGGGAGCGAUGAGGUGUGGCAUGUGUGGGCAUGAGGUGGCAGUGCAUGAGCAGCCCUGGGGGCUGCAAGAGCAUGCUGAUUUCCACCUGGCGCUAGCCUUGACUCGCCUGGACCAGCAGGAAGCUACAGAUGCAGCCACAGCAGGUGUGCGUGUGUCUGCUUCUCGUGGUGGCUGGGAUUCGUGGCACAGAUUUGCUGGUUCUCGUCCUUUGCAGAGAAUUGAUGGGGGCGGGAAAGGGCGAGGAGGAGGCAAGGGCAAGGGAAGGGGGAGAGGGAAGGGGACGGGGAGGAAGACGGGCCAGGGUGCUGCUAAGGGAUGA